CGCACGAGGUGCAUCGCGCGAAAGAGACGGCAGUUUCGGGUUAUAAUCUUGUUGUGUGCGCGAAUGACAGGAAUAUAAAUAUAUUUUUUAUAUUUCUGUUGUUGACACUUUGUGAUCACCGUAGAGGCAUUGAAAGACGGAAAUUUUGUAUUAAAAGGGAAUUUCGUUCGACAACGGUGCGAAAUUUGUGCCGGUGACAAACAGAUCGCCGGAAACUCGAAAAUGAAUGCCUGAAGCGAUAACUGUGAGACUAAUUGAGAUCUGACUUUCCAAGGACACUGCUCCUUAGAGAGCAAAAUGACGUUUUUCUCAAUAUAAGGAAUUACUACGAAUGAUUGAAGCGAGCGCAGAUAUUUGACUUCACUCGAUGAUAUUUCACCUCUGUAGUCAUGUGAUCAUCGGUGGCUUCAUCGCGUACACCCCAUCUCAUAUCAACCACCUGCAGAAGAAAGUUUAACCAUUAUUGCUUACCGAGGAUCUAUUGAAACAUUCAAAAUGGCAUCUGAUCCACAAGCAAUGACACAAAUGAACACGUAUCGUUCAUAUGUGACUAUGCUGGCUGAUCCAGUUUCAAAGGACGAAUUAAAAUUGAAGGCAGCCCAAGAAUUGUCGGAAAAUUUUGAGAUCAUUAUGUGUUCAUCACAAUAUCCGGCAUUUCUCGAACAUAUGAUGAAGAUUUUCCUGAAGAUAUUGCAAGAAGGAGAGCCACAUUUCAUAUCGGAGUACAAUAUUCAACAAGUCCGAAAGCUGAUUUUGGAAAUGAUACACAGAUUACCGAGCAAUGAACACUUACGUUCAUAUGUCAGGCAAAUCUUGACUCUCAUGUCCAAAUUAUUAGAAACAGAUAAUGAAGAAAAUGUUUUAGUAUGUUUACGCAUUAUUAUUGAACUGCAUAAGCAGUAUAAGCCGACAUUUAAUCCAGAAAUACAAUAUUUUCUGCAAUUUGUCAAAUCUGUGUACAGUGAAUUACCAAAAAAUUUAUCAAAAAUAUUCGAACCACGUCCUCCUCUACGAGUGAAAGAUUUGUCAGAAAUCAACAUAGAAGCCCUUUUGAAAGAAACUUUCACUAUUACAGCGAUACAAAGCGAAAAAAAAGCAGCCGAUGGUACUGUUGUAACAUACAAUUUGAUUCCGAAAGCAGUACUAUCCCUCAAAGUGCUUCAAGAAUUGCCGAUAAUUGUAGUACUAAUGAAUCAAUUAUAUAAACAAAAUGUACAUCAAGACGUAUCGGAUUUCGUUCCGAUCGUAAUAACAACUAUAUCACUUCAACCGAGUCCUCAACAUCGAGCAUCUCCCGGAUUCAACAAGGAGGUUUUCGUCGAUUUUAUGGGCGCUCAAGUGAAAACAUUGUCUUUUCUAGCAUACGUCAUAAGAGUGUACCAAGAUGUAAUAUCCCAAAACAGCAUGAUGUUGGUCAAAGGCAUUCUAGGUUUGUUCACGCUAUGUCCCAUGGAAGUAGCUCAUCUGCGCAAAGAACUAGUAAUCGCCUCUCGCCACAUACUCGCGACAGAUCUACGAAAUCAAUUUAUUCCGCACAUGGAGAUCUUCUUCAACGAAGAUAUUUUUAUCGGUCAUGGUUGGACAGCUCACGAAGCUCUCAGACCACUAGCUUAUUCUACGCUUGCUGAUUUGGUUCAUCAUGUCAGAUUACAAUUACCUCUGAGUGAUGUCUCUAGAGCAGUGCACCUUUAUGGCAAGAAUCUUCUCGAUCAAACUUUACCCACGGCUGUUCAGAUGGUCUCUUGCAAGCUACUAAUGAAUUUAGUAGAUACGGUUAGGCAAAGAUCGGAUGCUGAAAACAGCACUCAAGGCCGAGAAUUAUUGAUGCGUAUACUGUUGGUGUUUGUUUUGAAAUUUAAGACCAUAUCCAAAAUCUAUAUACCGAUUCUGCGAAACAAAGCGAAACAAUUACGGCCUGCUCCAGUGGAAAAUACAACUGAGGAUGCAACAAAACCGUGUAUCGACGUAAACGAGGAAAAAGAGGCACCAAAAUCAAAGUUUGGUUUUCCGACCUCGCAAGCAAUGAGUUACAAUGUAGCGGAUUAUAGAAACCUCGUGAAAAGUCUUGUGCAUGGUGCUAAAGCAAUAACAUCUAACUGCAUUAGCAGAGGCGGUGAUGUAGUAACGCAGUCUAAUCAACUUCAACCAAAGGAAACUCUGAUUUACAUACAACUCGUUAAAUGGGCGUUACCAGCUUUAGAUAUUUACACGAUAGGACCACCCAUAAUCGGUGCUCCCGUACAACCAGGCAGAGCGCCACAAUCUCAAACCAUACGAACAAGAGAAGAAAAGGAGGUAUUGGAGCUCUUUGGCAACGUGUUUACUCAAAUGAAUCCCCAAACAUUUCAAGAGAUAUUUUCCAUGACCAUAGAUUAUAUGGUCGAGAGAAUCUUCAAGAAUUGUGCUUUGCAAAUUAUCGGAAGUGCCUUUUUGUCCAGCCAUACGAUCUCGUCGACAUUCGCUACCAUAUUAGUGGAAUAUUUGUUAGAGCGAAUGAGCGAUAUGGGUUCCAACGUGGAACGCAGUAAUCUGUACUUAAGACUGUUUAAACUCGUUUUUGGCAGUGUCUCACUCUUUCCGGCUGAAAAUGAACACAUGUUACGACCACACUUAAAUUUAAUUGUUAAUCGCGCUAUGGAGCUCGCCAUGUCGGCAAAAGAACCGUACAACUACUUUUUAUUGUUGCGUGCGUUGUUCAGAUCCAUUGGUGGCGGAUCUCAUGAUUUAUUAUAUCAGGAAUUUUUACCCUUGCUGCCUAACAUGUUGGAGGGACUAAACAGACUGCAAUCUGGUUUACACAGGCAGCAUAUGAAAGAUCUCUUUGUCGAAUUGUGUUUAACCGUACCGGUGCGUCUUAGUUCGCUUUUGCCAUAUCUUCCCAUGUUAAUGGAUCCUUUAGUUUCCGCUCUCAAUGGAAGUUACUGUUUAGUAAGCCAAGGUCUUCGUACUCUUGAGUUAUGUGUCGACAAUUUGCAACCAGACUUCUUAUAUGAGCACAUACAACCGAUUCGUGCAGAAUUGAUGCAAGCUUUGUGGAGAACAUUACACAAUUCUACCGAUCAAGCUCACGUAGCCUUUCGUGUUCUCGGAAAAUUUGGCGGUGGAAAUCGAAGAAUGAUGAUCGAGCCUCAGAAACUGGAAUACAACGAUCGUGAGACCAGUUCACCUAACGUGAUAGUUUACUUCGAGGGAGUUUCCCAGCCGAUCGAGUUCCCGAUGGAAAAGGUGAUUGAGGCUGCAUUCAAUGCAUUAAAAUCUUCUAUGUUGAUUUCUGACAAAUCCAGUACGACGGAUCUAUUUUAUCGAAAACAAUGCUGGGAAGUCAUAUACUGUUACUUGACUGCGUCUAUGAAAUUGGAUGACACCGCUCAUCUAUGGAACAAAUUGUUUACGCACCCGAGUUUUAAAGAGGGCGAGAUACCGCAUCAACAGGGACCUCACUACAAAUGCUCUGACACUGUAGCGCGAAACGUUCAGCAAACCGCGCUAACCGGUAUGUUUAUCGCUGCCGAAAUCAAGGAUCUACGACCAUCGGUACUUGAUACUGUCGUUUCCGUCGUGAGACACUACACGAUGAUUGCCAUAGCGCAACAGGCAGGUAUCUUCAGCUGGACGGAUCGAGAAGUUCGCAAGAACACACAAGGACAGGACCCACUUGUGUUGAUCGAUGCCCUCGCCGUUAUAAUGGCUCACGAUGAAAGAGAACUAUAUAAAGCGGGAUAUUUGACACUUGUAUUAAUAUUAGAAACAGCGACGAACAUUCUAGGUUCCAAAGAACGAGCUUGCCAAUUGCCUUUCAUGGAAUAUCUGGCGGAGAGAAUGUGCUCACUGUGCUAUGAGCGAGCUUGGUAUGCUAAAUUAGGUGGAUGCAUAGCAAUUAAGUUUUUGUUCGAGCGAAUGGCUACUAAAUGGGUUCUCAAUCAUCUGUUUGUCUUUCUCAAGGCUCUUGUAUUCGUGAUGAUGGAUCUAACCGAUGAAGUUUCCAAUGGUGCUAUUGACAUGGCAAAGGAGAAUCUGGAAAAGAUGUUACGAGUUUGUGUUAAUCCUGGUAUUCAAGAAGGCAAUGCAGAAUUGAUAGAAGCACAAAAUAAAAGCUUAUACGAGGUCACUCGCGAACUAGUGAAACAAGUAACGUCGCCGCACACGAUUGUUCGAGAACAGGCCAUGGCCUCGUUGCGUCAGCUGGCCGAGAUACAGAACAAAUCGGUAACAGAGGUGAUGGAACCGCACAAAAAGGUUUUAGCAGACAUGAUACCACCCAAGAAACACCUCUUGAAACAUCAGCCUGUUAAUGCACAGAUUGGCUUAAUGGAUGGUAAUACAUUUUGCACCACCUUGAAUCCACGUCUCUUCACCAUAGAUUUAAACAUACACGAGCACAAGGUAUUCUUCAAUGAGCUGUUAAGUAUCUGCGAGUCGGACGAGGCCAAUUUCAAUAAACUGGCUUGUUACAAAUCAAUUUCAAAUCUUAUGCCUCUACGGAAAUCGGCACUACGAGCGCUCGCAACCUGCCAUUACAUCGUUGCUUGUCGAGAGAGAAUAUUCUCCGUUCUUUACAAAACUUUAGAAAAAUCUAACGCCGAACUCCAGGAAGCGGCCUACGAGUGCAUGAAAAUGUUUAUUGCCGGUUUUCAGAUCGACAUGGAAUCAGUUCAUACGAUAAUACGACCGAUGCUCCUGACACUGGGUGAUCACAGGAAUCUCAGCUUGAACUGCGUUAGAAGAUUAUUAUAUUUAACGCAAUUGUUUCCUAGUACUUUUAGUGUUACUCUAUGUGAACAAUUGUUGCAACAUUUGAGAAAAUUGUUAGAAAAUCUGAUUCAAUCUCACAAAGGUAUAUCAAAAUCCGGUGAGAAUGAGCAAAAAAUCACCACGAUUAUAGGAAUAUUUCACGAAGUCCCGACGGCGUCUUCUAAGUUUAUUGACAUACUUUGUAGACUUGUGCUGCAAACUGAAAAAUCACUACUAGUCGAGGUAUCCAGUCCCUUUAGGAUACCUUUGAUGAAAUUUCUUCUACGUUAUCCGUCAGAAACGCUGACUCUAUUUUUGCAAGACAAUAAUAUCAAAGAUCAGCAGUGGAGCAGAUACCUGGAAUAUCUUAUUAGACACAAGGACGCUAAACCAUUCCGAGAUAUUUUGCACAGCAGUACGUCGCGACUUGUCACGAUGCUGCUCGCUCACUCGCAAACAAAUUCUAAUUUGACUCACAUGGAGAAAAGUGAAUUGCAAUAUCGAGCGAUUAAGAUUAUCGGCAUACUUAUCAAAUUCGACGAACAAUGGCUAUCUACGCAGAGUCAAUUGAUAGGAGCGUUAAAUCAGAUCUGGUGUAACGACGACUAUCAGGCGUUACACAAGAAGGUCGAGAGCGUUGAAUACUGCCAUUGGAAGGAGCCGAAGCAUAUCGUCAAGAUUCUAUUACAUUAUUUCCGUCACCAACCGAACGACAUUGAUCUACUAUUCCAAUUGCUGCGUGCCACGUGUGCCCGGUUUGUACCUGAUUUUCAGUUUCUUAGAGAUUUUUUAGAAAACACGGUAGCCCAAGAAUAUACAGUCGAGUGGAAGCGAAGCGCUUUCUUCCGUUUCGUCGAACAUUUUCCUACGAAUGACAUGUCGCAAGAGUUGAAAGCCAAUGUCUUACAACUGAUCAUCAUUCCGUGUUUUGCGGUAAGCUUUGAAAGAGGCGAGGGUACUAAACUGGUCGGAGGUGCGCCCAUGCCUUAUCAAGACAACCCGGAGAACGUCGUCUCGGUAUUUAUCAGCAAGAUCAUCGAUCCAGACAAUCCUUUUGGUUUUGCUGAUUGCGUUCGCAUUUCUCUGUUACAAUUCUCCUGUCUUCUGGUGGAACAAGCGUCACAACACAUUCACGAUGUGACAAAUAAAAGACAAGGAAAUAAGUUACGUCGCUUAAUGACGUUCGCUUGGCCUUGCUUGUUGGGCAAAAAUUGCGUAGAUCCAACGACUAGAUAUCAUGGUCAUCUUCUUCUCAGUCACAUAAUAGCUAAAUUUGCUAUUCACAAACGCAUAGUCUUACAAGUAUUCCACAGUUUAUUGAAAGCUCAUGCCGUCGACGCGCGUAAUGUUGUGCGACAGGCGCUGGAAAUAUUAACCCCCGCGAUGCCUGUACGGAUGGAAGAUGGUAAUACUAUGCUGACACACUGGACGAAAAAGAUCAUCGUAGAAGAGGGUCAUUCUAUGCAGCAAUUAUUCCAUAUUUUGCAAUUAGUUGUAAGACAUUAUAAAGUUUAUUAUCCAGUCAGGCAUCAUUUAGUACAACAUAUAGUGAACUCGAUUCAACGUAUGGGAUUCAGUCCCACUGCCACCAUCGAACAUAGAAGACUUGCCGUUGAGCUUGCAGAAGUUAUUGUAAAGUGGGAGUUAUAUAGGAUCAAGGAGGAAGCUGAAGCUGCGGAGUCGAGCAGCAAUAAAGGGAUCGUGCAACCAUCGAGCUCGAACAAACGACCGAUCACCGAAGACCCGACAGGAAAACGCCUGAGCUUGCAGACAACAUCCUCCGGCAACAGUCCUGUGCCUCUCAUUUUACCUAGAAUGGAACCAGGAUCCGCAAAACCUAUCGAAAGAGCUCACGCUGAUGCGGUUCUAAAUUUCCUGCUUCGUUUGGCGUGUCAAGUCAACGAUGUGACGACAAUCCACGGUAAUCCAGGCGAGCAACUGUCCAGACGCUGCGUCUCUCUGUUGAAGAUGGCUCUAAAGCCCGAUGUGUGGGUUGCAGAACAAUGUGAUCUUAAACUAGCUUGGCUCGACAAAGUUCUCGUCAGCGUAGACGGCGCUCAACCUAAUUUUGGUAAUAUCAGCACGGCGUUGGAAGUACUGACGUUUUUGCUAGGCGUGAUGAAGCGCGAACAGAUACUCGCAAGCUUUAAGCCACUGCAGCGUGGGAUAGGCGCCUGCAUUGCCCACAACAAUACUAAAGUCAUACGUCUGGUGCACGGUUUGCUUUCGCGACUGAUGACGAUUUUCCCAGCUGAACCGACCUCUUCGAACGUAGCCUCCAAAUACGAGGAGCUUGACACACUAUACACAACCGUGGGUAGAUUUAUAGCGGAAGGACUGGCCACUUACGAGAAGACCACAACGGCUGUACCCAGUUCGCUGUUUGGCACACUCAUGAUGCUUAAAGCUGCCUGCACGAAUAAUCCUAAUUAUAUCGACCGAUUGAUAACACCGUUUAUGAGGGUAUUGCACAGGAUGGCCAAGGAACACUUACAUCCGGCGCAAACUGAAGCUAAUCCCGUGACGAGCGAACUGCUGAUCCUCAGUCUCGAUUUGGUGAAGAAUCGUGUGGUAGUGAUGGGUGUCGAGAUGCGCAAAUCAUUCAUAGGGACAAUCCUGGUCGGUUUGAUCGAAAAAACACAAGAUGUCAAGGUAAUGAAAGCCAUUACGAAAAUAUUGGAGGAGUGGAUGAAGAAUAAAACCACCAUCGCUAUUAAUCAAGCGCCCAGUUUACGCGAAAAAUCUAUAUUAUUGGUAAAAAUGAUGCAGUAUGUCGAGAAACGCUUUCCCGAUGAUUUGGAGUUGAAUAAACAAUUCUUGGAGUUAGUUAAUUACGUUUAUCGCGACGAGAGUCUGAAAUUGACAGAAUUAUCUCAAAAAUUGGAACCGGCCUUUCUCGCCGGUCUACGCUGCGUACAACCGCAAGUGAGGGCCAAAUUCUUCGAGGUAUUCGACGGAUCAAUGAAGAGACUUCUACCCGAUCGUCUUCUAUACAUCAUUAUCAGCCAGAAUUGGGAACAUAUAGGACCUCACUAUUGGAUCAAACAGUGCAUCGAGCUGCUACUGGCUACCGUCAAUUCAACGAUUCAGAUACAAAUGAUCAACGAGAAACUCUUACUGCCCAGCAUCACGUUAAUUAUGCAAGAGGGCAUGGAAAAGGAUAGCAAGGAACAAACGCUCUUUGCCUGUCACCUCGAUCAUCCUGGCGAAGAGCCGCAAGAUAUCGAAAUGACCGAUAAAGACACGAAGGAAACAAUCGAGAUGGACGCCUGGAUGUCCAAUCUGUCAGAAUCAACCGCUACGACCACCGAGGAGAUUACCGAGAAACUUGAUCUUUUGGGAAUGGUAAAUAAACAGGUUCGUUUCAUGGAGAACGCGAAGAAGAUCAGAACGGAACAAUUGCUGUUGGCAACCGCGCAACUGUGCCACAUGGACACGAAUUUAGCGGAGCGUGUCUGGUUGGACAUGUUUCCACGAAUAUGGGGCAUCUUGGACGAGGUUUAUCUCAGAUCCGUGAUGGCGGAAAUGCCGCCGUUCGUCGCCAGCGGGUCGCACGUCAUCCAGAAGGACUGUCAUCCCAGUGCGCUCGGCACCUUCUUAGAGGCAUUAGCACACUGCGAUCCACCGGUGACUAUAGCGCCACCGGUGAUGAAAUAUCUGGGCAAGUCGCACAACGUUUGGCACCGGAUAACGCUGAGUCUGGAACAGCUUGCAGCCGAGAUGGCGGAUAUUAAUUUAGCUGGUAACCAGGCGAAGAUCAAAUGCGAACCCGAUUUGUAUCGUGACGACGCCGAGCAGACCGAAUAUCUCGGUCCCUAUUACGAAAUAGUGGAUAUGCUUUCGUCGAUGUACUCGUUGCUGUGUGAGGAAGAUAUGUGGUCGGGUCUCUGGCAGAAGAGACCCGCGUAUUACAAGGAAACACUACACGCGAUUGCACUGGAACAACAAGGAUUCUUCGAACAGGCUCAAGGAGCGUACGAGGUGUGCUUCAGCAAGUAUCGGCAGGACUUUGCGUCCGGCUCGGCGCCUUAUCUUCUCAACCAGGAAGUACUUCUCUGGGAGCGUCAUUGGGAGCGUACCGCGAAGGAGAUGAAUCAAUGGGAGAUUUUGUUGGAAUUGGGCAGCCAUAACAACUAUAAGAAUCCCUUCCUCGUUUUAGAGAGCGCGUGGCGCAUUCCCAAUUGGCCAGUGAUGAAGGAGAUUCUCGGGCAGGUGGAGCAUAAUUGCCCGAGAGAAAUGGCCUGGAAGAUUAAUUUGUAUCGCGGAUUCUUAGCUUUAUGCAGCAACGAAGAUCAACAUCUUAGCAAUGUAGAGCGAUACGUCGAACUCGCGUCGGGUCUGUGUAUGCGCGAAUGGCGUCGACUUCCUCACAUUGUCAGCCACGUCCAUCAGCCGCUGUUGCAGGCAGCCCAACAGAUAAUGGAACUGCAGGAAGCGAUGCAGAUCCAUCAGGGACUUUCACACGGCAGGAGCACUUCGUUACACGAUAUGAAAGCUAUCGUGAAAACGUGGCGCAACCGAUUGCCUGUGAUAGCUGAUGACUUGAGUCAUUGGUCGGAUAUCUUUACUUGGCGACAACAUCAUUACACCUUCAUUUCCAAUCACUACGAUUCUCAACAGGAUCAAACGGCCAAUCACUCAUUACUAGGUGUACACGCUUCUAUGCAGGCCAUUAUUCACUUCGGCAAGAUUGCGAGAAAGCAAAAUCUCUGCGGAGUAUGUUUGGACUCGUUGGUCAAGAUCUAUUCGAUUCCCACGAGCGUACCUAUGAUAGAUUGUUUCCAAAAAAUCAGACAACAAGUGAAGUGUUAUCUGCAGAUGGCCACCAUGGGCGGGCAGACCGAAUUACAAGAGGGUUUGGAUAUGCUCGAGUCAACGAACAUGAGCUACUUUACCAAGGAGAUGAUUGCUGAAUUUUACGCAUGGAAAGGUUUACUUCAGUCGCAGCUCGGCCGCUCGGACGACGCCAAUAAAAGCUUCUCCGCCGCGGUCCAGCUUCACGACACUCUGGUCAAAGCUUGGUCUUUGUGGGGUGAUUACCUUGAAAACAUCUUUAUACGCGACGCGCGUCAAAUUAGCAUCGGCAUAAGCGCCCUCGUUUGCUAUUUGCAUGCGUGCCGUCACCAGAACGAAUCCAAAUCCAGAAAGUAUAUUGCUAAAAUUCUCUGGCUGCUUACAUAUGAUGACGACAAGUCAUCUCUAAUGGAGACCGUGGAUAAAUAUGCCGUUGGCGUACCAGCAAUUCAGUGGUUACCCUGGGUACCGCAAUUAUUGAUGUACUUGGUACGCCAUGAGAAUAAUAUAAUUCUGAAUUUGCUCAGUCAGGUAGGUCGCAUGUUCCCGCAAGCGGUUUACUUUUCUAUACGCACUCUUUACCUGACUCUGAAGAGAGAACAGCUAGAGCAAAUGGAAAGGUAUAAGAGCGGUGAACUAGCAGCGAAUAAGAGCCAAGACGGCGUGGACGAUCGAGGUCUUAAUGUAACGGGAAAUAUGCCACCACAACAAGGAGUAUCAGAAACAAGUCAUACAGUACCUAUGGCCCGGGCAACUCCGCCCAUGUGGAGAUGCUCAAAAAUUAUGCACUUGCAAAGAGACAUUCAUCCAACUGUUCUGUCUAGCUUAGAGGGUAUAGUCGAUCAGAUGGUAUGCUUCCGUGAAACAUGGUAUGAAGAGGUUUUAAGACAAUUAAGACAAGGACUUGCAAAAUGUUACGCAAUAGCAUUCGAGAAUCGUGGAGCUGUUAGUGAAGCAACAAUAACUCCGCAUACUCUCAAUUUUGUAAAGAAACUGGUAUCGACCUUUGGCACUGGAAUUGAAAACGAUUUGCAGAACGAUUUACAGAAAAUCUCGUCCUCGCAAAAUAUGAGUAAUUCUGCAGGAUCAGAAUCCUUAGCUCGUAGAGCUCAAGCCACUGUACAAGAUCCCGUUUUUCACAAGAUGAAAGGCCAGUUCACAAGUGACUUUGACUUUACCGUACCUGGAGCAAGAUUACUGCACAAUCUUAUCAGCAAAUUGAAAUGGAUAAAGAUUCUGGAAGAAAAAACGAAACAAUUACCAAAAUCUUUCUUAAUCGAGGAGUGUCGUUUCUUGAGUAACUUUAGUUUGAAAACUGCGGAAGUUGAAUUGCCUGGUGAAUUUCUGAUACCUAGACAUUCGCAUUAUUCCGUAAAGAUAGCCCGAUUUAUGCCAUGCGUCGAGGUCGUUCAACGACACAACACAGCAGCCAGGAGAUUACGUAUUCGCGGCCACAAUGGUCGUCUUUAUCCUUAUCUGGUGGUGAACGAUGCCGGUCUAGGAGACGCCAGGCGCGAAGAACGACUUUUACAAUUGCUGCGAAUGUUGAAUCACUAUUUGACCAAACAGAAAGAGACGUCGCGAAGAUUCUUACACUUCACGGUACCACGACUUGUCGCUGUUUCCCCUCAAAUGAGACUCGUCGAGGACAAUCCGGCAGCCAUUUCUCUCUUGGACAUUUACAAGCAAAGCUGCGUCAACUUAAAAAUGGAACACGACGCACCGAUCGCUAGAUAUUACGAAAAAUUAGCUGCUGUACAAGCAAGAGGCACACAAGCCAGUCAUCAAGUGCUGCGAGAUAUUUUGAAGGAAGUGCAAUCCUCAAUGGUUGCGAAAACUAUGCUCAAGGAUUGGGCUAUAAAGACAUUCCCCGGCGCCACCGAUUACUGGACAUUCAGAAAAAUGUUCACAUUGCAGCUAUCUCUGACUUGUUUUGCCGAGUAUGUGCUUCACUUAACGCGACUCAAUCCCGACAUGAUGUACGUGCAUCAGGAUUCUGGCCUGAUCAACAUCGCAUAUUUCAAAUUCGACAUUGAUGAUACUUCCGGAGAGUUGGACGCGAACAGACCAGUACCUUUCCGUUUAACGCCCAAUAUCCUCGAAUUUCUCACAACUACAGGAAUCUGCGGACCAUUGACUGCCAGCGCGAUCGCCACGGCACGCUGUUUGGUUCAACCCACCUUCCAACUGCAAGCGAUACUUCGCGCGAUUCUGCGGGAUGAGGUGAUCGCGGAUCAUAAGCAGCAGGAAGACGCAGAGGGUGCGUCGCAGGCACCCACCGAUCUGAAGGGCGAGCUCUUGAUAGCGAUGGUGACCCGCGCGGUUACCGCAAUCGUCACCAGGCUGAAUUCCCUGGCGAAUUUUGACGGUAUCGACAGUAAAGUCAGCACCCUGGUUGCUGCCGCCAACAGUCACGAUAAUCUCUGUAGAAUGGAUCCCUCGUGGCAUCCAUGGUUGUAAGAUCAAGUACAUCCGGCCUUUCAAAAAUUUCGUACUGCCAACGAAAAGGAACGAUUGUUGUCGUAUAUAUUUUUUUGUUUUUAUUAUUAAGAAAUACUUUUCUUUUAAUAGUUUUUACCUGUUUGGCACAGUAUAAUCAUAACCACUGUCUUUCUUUGAGUGGAAAGUUAUUAGAAAGUAGGAAAAUAUAAAAAUAAUUCGAAGAUAAAUUUGAAGAUA